AUGGCGCCCAAGACCGUGCCUGGCAAUCCGCUAUGGAUACGAUGGCUCGAAGAAAUGCGAGAUCUUGCCGCACAGAGGGGCAACGACAACAGCGUGACGAACUGCAACAAGGCAAUCGCGUCGCUGAAAGCAUGUCCCACGCCCAUGUGCAGCCCAUGGGAGGCCACCGCGCUACGAGACAUCGGCAAGACCUACGCUAAGCACUUGGAGCAGCGCCUCAAGGACUACUGCCAAGCCAACGAAGUGCCCUUCCCCGAACAGCGUUCUGGCAUACCCUGCCCGCCGCCUGGCCUACGCUGGAACAGCAUCGCGCAUAAGCGUACAGCAACGAACGCAAACGUUCAGAUUGCCCCUGCCCGCGAGGAGGUACCAGAUUGGUCCGCCGACUCAGAUGCGUCGGCCGGGCCUGGCUCGUCGUUGCUAAAUCGUAUACCGCAAGGCAGGAGCAGGAAGGCAUCCGGCAAGCGGGUCGCCAAGGCAAGGGCGAAAUCCAGAGAGGACGAUGCUGAUGGCCCCCCGCCAACCAAGAGAUCUCGCGCGCGCGUCUAUACGCCCAAGCAUCGUUCGGGUGCAUACGCCAUCCUGCUCGCUCUCUACGCACUUUGCGACAGUGAAGAGCAUCUCGAAUCUGCAACGCGUCCCGAUAUCGAAGAGCUGGCCACACCGCUUUGCGACUCCUCCUUUGCUAAGCCAACGCAGGCGAGCCGCGACGAAGGUGGCUUCUACAACGCUUGGUCCUCGAUGGCCGGCUUGAUCAAGAAGGAUCUCGCUACAAAGGAUGGCAAGAGUCGCUGGGCAUUGACACUCGCGGGCUAUGCACUCGCGAAGCGCAUGCGCGCUGUAGAAGACGGCUUAGCUGCACCUGCACCUGCACCUGCACCUGCACCUGUACCUGCACCUGUUUCUGCUUCUGUUGCAGACACGCCUUUGCCAGUCUCAACACAUAUGGCCGCGCCCGUCUCCUCCCUGCCAGCCCUGCUAUCCAGCGAAGGUAGCACUGCCAGUGUGACUACCGAGUAUCCCUAUACUGCGCCGAGUCGGGACGGACGCCGGGCGGCUCUUGGACAUACAGCAGCGAUCUACAAGCCGGUAGAUGCGCUGCAUAAGUCUGCCUCUGUUCUGUCGGAGCGGCCCUUUGCGUAUGAUUAUAUUGAUUCGAACAGGAAUCCUGUUGGGCUCCGGGACGAUGCAGAGAUCAAACAGGACGAGCAGCCUCCCCACCAAACGCUCUACCAUAUUCGAUAUUGGGUCGGACAGGCCUUGCAUGGCAUCGUCCGACAGCAUGUCCAGCGCGACAAAGAUAGACCGGUUAUGCAGCAUCCCGAUCUGGGCUCACUCGAGUUUGGCUGGCUGUCAGCAAAGGUCGCUCUGCCGAAAAGCGUGGGACUUUCGAGACAGGACGGCAGCAAGCAGUUGGCUAGCGCGCCAGCUGCUUCAGUCACACCUGCUCUGAGAUUUCCCACGAGCGCGGGUCAGGCCAAAGAUUCAAGUGAGGCGCGCAGAGCCCUCUUGCAGGGUCCUUCUGCGCUCAAGCGCAGCUCAUCCGGCCCUGCGACUGUGCCAUCAAGCCGCGUGCAAACGCAAGACAUGAUGGCUGCUCGCUCAGCGGCCGCGGCACUGGCCAGACAAUCGUCAGCCUCUGGGCUGUCAUCGACGAGCUUCAGCAAGAUACCCAUUGCUGCAGGUCAGUGGCUCGUGCUAGACCCGAUAGCAAGUCAGGCUACUAUCCCACAGAAAGUGCCCAAUGCAGCGAACGACACGCCUCGUCGUGCUAUGCGAAUGACCGAUCGUUCGACCGGCGAGCUGCCCACAUUUGAGCCCUUGCGUCUUCGUCGUGGUACGUUCGACAUAGUCGUCAUUGUUGAUAGCCGCGAGGUAUCUCGCUCGCAAAGGGGCGAGGCCGUCGCCGGCCUGCUCGAUGCCAAGCUAUCAGCACAUGGGAUCCAAGCCGAAUGUCGCACACUCGAUGUUGGCGAUUGCCUGUGGAUCGCACGCGACAGGUCAGACAGCCGUCGUGAAUUUGUGCUUGAUUGCAUCCUCGAGCGCAAGACGACUUCCGACUUUAUGGAAAGCAUUGCGCAGACGCGCUACCUCGACCAGAAGCUUCGCAUGAAAGCUAGCGGUAUCAGCUCGAUCUUCUACCUCGUUUCCAAUCGCUUACCGCAUUCGGAGCACAACUCAAGUCUGAUGAAAGGCGUCAGAACUUCGAAGAGCCAGCUCGGAAUCGUGGAUGACUUUCAGGUCAUCAAUGUCUAUAAAGAAGCAGAUGUCCUGCAGCGUUUGACUGAGAUCAGUAUCGCCUUGAAGCGCCAAUAUCAGGAGGCCGAUCUGCUGGCAAUACCGGACGCGAGCGUGCAUCGAGAAAGCUAUCUAGAGCUUCAGCGUUACCUCCGGCGUACUCAGCCUGAUCAGAAGUACCUGACGACCUACACCGCCUUUCGUAAGCUCAACGCUGCGCAAUGCAGUCUCGCCAGCACUUGGGCUGGCAUGCUCUAUUGCGUGACUGGUCUCACGCAUGAGAAGAUAUCCCGCUUUCUCGAUCGAUUUCCUACGCCAUUGUCGCUGCGCCAAGAGCUGCGUCGCAGAGGCUCGGGAGAUGCUGAGUACGGGAGCAAGACGAAGAAGCCCAAACGUGGCGACUGGCUGAACGAUGAGGUCGGUGGCAAUUGCGUGCGUUCGCUCGGUCCUCUCAUCUCUGGUCAGUGCUCUCAUCAGAUACCCUGCGACUCAGACUUAGCUGACCGAUAUGCGACCGACAGCUCUGGCUCGUCCGCGAUUUGCCAAUUCGACGGGUAUCGGCCCUUCAGUUUCAGAUCGAUCAGUAGCUCAGCCCUGCGCGGUCUCUCGAAGUCCACUCAUGCAGAGCUACGCCCGCUCAAGUAUGCUGAGUAUGGCACAGGUGGUCUCUUCAAAGGCGACCGAACGAUCCGGCUGAUCCUGCCGGUGGCUCUUGCAGCCUUGCGGCUAGUGUCUGAGAUUGCAAUUUGCCCUUUGCGUGCACGCCGCUCGCGCCCUUGA